AUGCGGGACGCCGCGGUGGAGGGGCUGCGCCUCUUCACCCACGAGCCCGGCGUGGAGCGCACCAUGACCUUCUAUUGGGACGCGCGCGACGACGGCCUCUGGCGCCGGCAGGAGCUCUUCUACGAGGGCUGCAUGCUGCGCAAGGUGAAGGAGUUCUACCGCGAACGCGACGACAGGCUGUGGUACCGCAGUGCCUCCUUCGAGCGCAGCAGCGGCGUGCUGCGGGUCUCGCGGAACCGCAGCAGCAUCUUUGGCGAGCGCUCCGCCGACGAGGCGCAGCGAGUGGAGCCGCUGCGGGUGAGUGAGAAGUACCACCGCAACGAGGCGCUGCCGCCGGACGAGGACGUGGCGAAGUACACCUUCGUCCGCUUCGCCAACGGCAGCGGGGGGGAGAUGUGGGUGUACUUCCACUACCGCCCCGGAAGCGUGAUUCGCCCCUACCGCAUGUACACAAAGGCGGCGCGCGGGGAAGAGUACCUGGCGUCGACCAUCGCCGGCAACGCCCCGGCGGCGCUGCCGUGCACCAUCGUGCUCAUGCCGAACGCCGAGGAGCCGUCGGAGCUGGAGCAGUACAACGAGCGCAAGCGCCUCGCCUGGUGGGAGAGCGUCUGCCUCGGCAAGGUCCGGGGGACGAUGACGGAGUGCAGCGGCAUCCUCGCCUCCAUGCGGGAGGCGCGCGGGCAGGCGGCGCGGGGGGUCCUCUCCGUCUUCGACACGCUCCGCAACCGGCCGCACGAGACGGAGGAGGACCGCGCCCGCAAGCUCGCGGAGGAAGCCUCCCGCGAGGCCUCCCGCAAGGACUACCUGGCGCCGUACAUCGCGAAGCUGGAGCUGCCCGGCAGCUUCGACGGAGACUACAUGCACGUCACCCUCACCCUCGAGCAGGCGCGGCAGGUGCGGGACGAGGCGCUGCGGGAGCUGAAGGAGCGCCUCAUCCAGCGCGGCCACAUCAUGCAGUCGCAGAUGGACGCGGAGAAGAAGGACUUCAACGAGCGGCAGGCCGCGUACCAGAACCAGCUGGACGCCGCCGGCCUCGACGCCGGCCGCGAUGAGGAGGAGUUUGCCAAGUACUGCAAGGAGGCCACAUGGCGCAUGAAGACGCUCGACGAGCGGCUCUCCAAACACAUUGACCAGUCCAGCGAGAAGUACGCCAAACUUGCGCAGCGUCUCGCAGAGGAUCCGCGGCUGGCGGCGCUGUAUAAAGGGCAGCAGCAGCCCCCGCCGCCGCCGCCGCCGCCGCCGCCGCCGUCGUAG